CUGGCCUGUUCCUCUUGUUCCGCCAUUGAAGCUUGAAGCUUUCGGAGAAGGAGAAACCAAUGAGCAAAGAGGAGAAGACAGAGCAAGAACAAGAACAGGAGCAGGGAAGCAGCUUGCCGACCGUCUUAACCUCAGAAAACUCGAACCCAUGUCCCAUCUGCCUCGCCCCCAUCGCUGCUCUCCAAGAAUCAUACUUGGAUCAUUGCUUCCAUAAGUUCUGUUACAAAUGCAUCGUCCAGUGGACCAAAGUGGUCGCUGCCAAGCACUCCGAGCCACCGGCUUUUGUGACAUGCCCCAUUUGCAAGACCAAGAACUCGUCGAUUAUUUACGGGUAUGAUGGAAGUUCAUUCGAGCGGCAUUACAUCCAACAGAUACACACUGAUAGCGUUUUCUUCUCAGAAGCCCAUAAGUUUAGGCUUCGGUGCUAUUACACCAGACAAGGUGCCUUAGCUGACGAAUUUAAGGUGCAACGGUUCUGGAGGUCUCGGAAGUAUCUGCAUCCGAACCACUGGCUCAGUAGCUGGGUGAAAAGAGAGAUACAGGCUUUGAUGCAGGAGGAAGAUGUCGACCUCGUCGCACAUCACAUACUGGGCGUGAUCGAUUCGAUCUUCAUAAGGCAUGGACCUAGGAGCCGAAAGCAGCCCGAACUGGUUCAAGAAGAAUUCAAAGCUGCCGUCUCCGAAGCCACAAGGCCAUUUCUAGCAGGGAGGGCCGAGAGAUUCACCGAUGAAAUGGAGCUGUUUCUGGCUUCCGGUUUGAAUCUCGAAGCUUAUGACGAAGUCUACAGGCAACAAGUUGGCAGAGAUACAACCGGAGUGACCAGUGAAUCUCCUGCUGAAGACAGGACAUCAUCACAUGUUGCUCUGGACAUGCUCAUCUUUGAUGACAUUUCUGAUGAAGCUGAUUGACACCAUUAUGUGUUCAAUUAUAAUCAUGUUGACCCUCAGCACGCAUUUCAUUUCAUCUCCAUUUCAUUUCA